GGUGUUCUCAAUCACGUCCGCGUGGAGGCUUCAUAUAUAGUACAGGCGCACUUAGGCGAAUAAUAUACACACUUUCAACGGCACUUCGUGCGGAUUAUUUGAAUAAAUAUUUAAUUUCGAAACUAAACAAAGACCAAGGUGUGACACUGAGGACCGACCAUGGCUGAGACGGCAGCUACCCCCGCAUCCAAGCCCAAGAAGGCGAAAAGCUCCAAGAAAGCGACGUCGCAUCCCAAAUACUCUGAGAUGAUCAAAGCUGCCAUCGCCGCCGACCGGAGCCGCAGCGGCGCGUCGCGUCAGUCCAUCCAGAAGUACGUGAAAAACCACUACAAGGUUGGAGACAACGCCGACUCCCAGAUCAAACUCGCCCUGAAGCGUUUGGUGGCCAGCGGGCUCCUUCGCCACACCAAGGGCAUCGGGGCUUCGGGCUCCUUCAAACUGGCCAAAGCUGAUGAUGUCAAGAAGCCAGAGAAACCCAAACCAGCACCCGUGAAAGUCAAGAAGCCAGCCAAAGCCGCUGCCAAGCCCAAGAAAGCCCCCAAGCCCAAGAAAGUGGCCAAAUCCCCAGCGAAAACUAAGAAAGCCGCUGAGAAGAAAGUGAAGAAGGUGGCGGAGAAGAAGAAAACGCCUGUCAAAGCCAAGAAAGUUGUCAAGAAGGCGAAGGUGGCCAAACCUGCCAAGGCGAGCAAAGCCAAGAAGGUGAAAACGGCGAAACCCAAACCCAAAACAGCGGCCAGGAAAACGGGGAAGAAGAAGUGAAUUCAAACCGACCGGACUGAUUCGUUCAAAACUCGGUGUAAAUAAACUUUUUGAAGCAAAUGUUUUUUGGUAUAUUGUUAUUUUUGUAAGGUCUUUGUGCGCCCACAUUUUUACAGCGUGUUUCUCCAGAAACUUUUUUUGUGAUUCUAUAAAGAAGAUCCCAGACGAAACGGCGAAACUGUUAUUUAUUUUUUAAAAAUUCCUGGAUUUUUUUUUUCUUUUUCAAGUUGAACUGUGUUGGACACUAUUAUUAUUAUUAUUAUUAUCCAGACAUACUAAUUAAUUUGCCAAUUAGAUAUGUCGAUAUAUUCUUAUUGUAGGUCAUUCUAGGACUGUGAAGAACAAUAAUAAAAUGUCUUUUUAUGAAGAACGGUGACCUAUAUGAUGGCGAUGUACAGAAUCAACCUGUGACUUGUUGUAGUCUAGCUCCAUUGCUGUCUAUAUUAUACUGUCAUUGCGCGUAAUUCGCAUUACUGUGCAUCAAUAAACUUCUCAUUUCAGACUCA